GGAAAUAAUUGUGGAUUGCAUUAAAUGCAGGACACCGAAAGUGUAUAUGUGCUCUACUUAUGCAGUCAUAGCUUAAUGCAUGGAACGACGCGUCAUAUGUUCGCUCCUGAACGUUGCUAUUCUCCUUUACAUAGUUAACUUUGCGCAUUCUCACUCUGAUGCCACCGGGUGUGACGGUUUCCUCAAUUUAAAAUUGUUGGAGCGCGCACUCCAUGCUUCCAGUUUAGUCAAAGCAAAGGAGAUGAGGUCCACUGGCCACGGAAGAGGGGCUAUCCAGGUGCUGGCACAGAAUGACAGCAUCCAGCCAUACGUACCACCGUUGGAGCUCCAGUUCUCUGAAACAGGGGAGCAUCAGUCUAAUCAGCAGGCCGUCCUAGGCCGCAUAACAAUUGCAAGCAAGGAGGCCAUCCGAUACGUUCUGUUAAUGCGCAGCGCUAGUGUUGCUGAGGUUAUGUGCGUGGAUCUUGGGGUGAAGCCGCCUACAAGCAGUAGCAUUCGGGUGCACCCAGAGGCAGGCCUAGUGUCAGUGCAUUCAGUAUGCGUAGACAUGGGCCUGCCAAGGAGGCGGGCGUGGGCGCAGAGCCUCCGAGUUUUCAGCAAGGAGCAGGAGAAGUGGGUAGAAGUGAGGCGCCACGUGCCUGCUCACGACUUCCUGCGGUCCUGGACAGCUGCACGAUUCCUACCUGCUCAGUUACCAGUUCCAGAGCAACGUGGUGCGUCGCUAGAGCAUCAGCAAGGGCUAGAGGAGAAUCUGGAGCCUCAGCAACAGCAGCUCCCGCCCUGUGCACCCAAAGUCUCUGCUGCAUGCACAGUGCCAGGAGAUAUGACACUCAAGGAAAGCACCGAGGGUGCAAUGGCAAUUAAUGCAGGCGGCGGAGGAGUGGAGGGGGAUGGUAGAGCAGUAACCAAUCGGCCGUACACGGAGGUAGACAACAUCUGCGGGGCGUGGGAGGACAAGCUGGGUGGCGCAUGUGGGCUGGAGGGCAUGGGCGGGUCUAUCACGAAGGCAGGAAUUAAGCUUGCCUUUCAGAGCAUGAGCACCUUCCUUCACAUGGACAAACUCCAGCGUUGUAUUCGACUUGGGUGGCGCUAUUGGCAGGAUGCUCCCGUUUGCCAAGGUGGCUGCAUGCGUGUCGUCGGCGUGGAUGGCGGAGUGCAAUGACAGCAAAAUCCAAAAAGCGGUUGCAUUCCUACCUCAGGUAUACGGCGACCUAAUAAAGAAAGGCUUAGCGGCCCCUGUGGGUCAGCUGGACACUUUGAUGGAGGUUAUCCACCAUGACAUGACCCGUGAGGCUGGUGGAUCUUGGGACUGGGUCCGUGCACGGCUUGCUGCGACCUCGCACAUCUACAGCUUCUGUGAGGGCAUUCCCCGCGAAGCAUUGGCGGUUACAGGCCGCGCCGUCAAGGACAGCACUGCCUUUAAGGGCUGUGUCCUGGUCUGCUACCAGGCUAACUGGUCUCACAACUCCACUUUGCAUGACACCCUUGGGCGCUCACCCCAUCCCGAGGAGGUGAUGGAGCUGGAGUGGGGCUUUGGCCCAAUGGUGCUGUUAUGCCGGCUGAAUGCGCGGCAGGAACGUGGCAAGGCAACAUACCCCAUGUGGGUGUUCGCUAGGUACACGGGGGAGAGCAGCAAGCGGCCGCCCAUGCUCCAAAAUCUCAGCGAUUAUCCAGACUCCAUUUCCAAAGCCCAGUGGUGGUGGCAGCGUCACACUGGUGCUGACUUGUCCGAUUUCCUUACAGACACCAGCCUACAGCUGCGGUUGGCUGUAGUGCAGAACGAACGUCUAACAGUAGCUGACCUUCCAACUGCCCUCGCUGACCGCUAUGCGUUUUAUACAGCACAGUCCGUGCCCCCAGGGCUGCUAGAAUGGGCGCUGGGGCUGUGCUUUGCUAACGAUGCAUCUUCUCUUUUAGACAAUGGGGUGCCAGGGAGCACACCGAAAGCCCUUGGUCGAAGGGGAAAGCUGAGCCGCUCUCAAAGAGACACGGCUAGGGGCAGGGAAGCAAGUAUGCGGAAGAUGGUGGAGCAGAAACGUGGAGAGUUUAGCAAUGCAUCUGUCCAGUUCAUCUUGAUCGAGGACCGAGGGGCAAAAGUACCUGUAGCAUAUGCAGCUUACAGGCCGGACCUUGAUGACGCGAAGCUAGUGCUGCGCCUGUCUGAAGUACGUGUGGAAGAGCGGGCACAGCGUGACGGUAUCGGCAGUGGCCUCGUCAGGGGCCUUGUACGCUUUGCGGAGCGGCUCCAACUUGCGGCGGUGGUCGUGACAGUAGCCGCUGACAAUGCCGGGGGCAAGAGGUUCUUUGAAGCAAUAGGAUUUGUGACACACGAGGGAACCAGCAAGGCCACUAAGCGGGAGACCUGCUUGGUUCUCUCCAUCCAACCACUUUCCUUCAAUCGUACAAUGGAGCCCGUGCAGCGGUACAGCCUGGAUGAGGUGCGCGAAAUGGAGCGGGCCGCAUCUCGGUUGCGGCCAGCGGCCGGCGCCGGUUGGAUCAAGCUUGGAGCGGGCGGGUUUGGCUCGGUAACAGCUGGUGUUACAGCUUCCGCACGCAGGGUGGCCAUCAAGCGGUUUACACUGGGCCCAAGCACCAGUACCGACGUCCUUCGUGCUAUCCGGCAGAACAUCACAGUGGGGAUGACCUGCUGUUCUGAGAACCUGUUGCAGCUCGUAGGGAUAGCCCAUAGCCCGGCGGGAUCGGUAACUGGUCUGGUCUGGGAGGAGGCGACCCAUGGCAGCCUGGAACCGCCAGGACCCAACCUGCCACUCCAGCAGGUUGUCGGGCUGCUUGCUGACGCCGCCAAUGGCGCUGCAGUGUUGCACGACGCAGGGCUGGUUCACAGGGAUAUCAAGCCUGCUAACAUCCUGGUCACUGAUCGUGGUCACGGCGUCGUCGGUUUACUAGCAGACUAUGAUGUGACCGUGGAGUCCGGCACGCGGUUUGGCUUGGUGGGCACCCCUGGCUACCGGCCCCCAGAAGCCGAGGGUCAGCCCGACCCACAGGCUACCACCACCUACCACACCCUGGCGUUUGACGUAUACAGCUUCGGAGCAACCUUAGCCACAGUCCUCUUCCGCACCAGUGCCGUGGGCCCUACCGUUUGCGCGGUACAGACUCAGCUGGUAGCCGAGUGCAGGUCCCUGGUGGAAGAAGUUCAGAAUGCAUGGGCUGAAGGCGCCGUGAUGCCGUCAUUUGAAGUGGUACGCAGACUUCUGGAUCUGGCCGCCGCAGCCCUCGUCAAAACCCCUGGAGGUCGCUUGCAGCAUGCAUGCGGCCCCAACUCUAAUAAAGCCGCGGGAGACUAUAUGCGUUUUAUAGCGAUACGGCUGCGGGAACUGGCAUCCGGGUUAACUAGGUGAUGGGGACUGAUUGCGCAGUGCAGUAGAUGCGGGGGGGAACAAGGAAAACUGACGAAUUUGCGGGGGGGUUGUUGUUUGGAAUGGUGGCAGUGGUGGUCUGUAGUAUCCAGUUAUGGUAGUUGGCAUGCGUGUGCUCCUAGUUUACUACUGCCCUGUUGCUUUGUAGGGGCUGUAUGAGGCGGCCACAACGGCCUGGCCACCCAUGUGUUCUACGACAGUUUGGUUAUGGUAGUUGGCAUGCGUGUGCUCCUAGUUUACUACUGCCCCGUUGCUUUGUAGGGGCUGUAUGAGGCGGCCACCACGGCCUGACUUCCGUCAUGUCUAGGUCCCAUACACAGGGCAAGCGAGGCACCACUUGGCCACCCACGUGUUCUACAACAGUUUGGUUAUGGUAGUUGGCAUGCGUGUGCUCCUAGUUUACUACUGCCCCGUUGCUUUGUAGGGGCUGUAUGAGGCGGCCACCACGGCCUGGCCACCCAUGUGUUCUACGACAGUUUGGUUAUGGUAGUUGGCAUGCGUGUGCUCCUAGUUUACUACUGCCCCGUUGCUUUAUUUGUAGGGGCUGUAUGAGGCGGCCACAACGGCCUGGCCACCCACGUGUUCUACAACAGUUUGGUUAUGGUAGUUGGCAUGCGUGUGCUCCUAGUUUACUACUGCCCCGUUGCUUUGCAGGGGCUGUAUGAGGCGGCCACAACGGCCUGGCCACCCAUGUGUUCUACGACAGUUUGGUUAUGGUAGUUGGCAUGCGUGUGCUCCUAGUUUACUACUACCCCGUUGCUUUAUUUGUAGGCGGCCACAACGGCCUGACUGCCGUCAUGUCUAUCUAGGUCCCACAUACAGGGCAAGCGAGGCACAGCUUGUCCAGCCAUGUACGGCUAGCAAAGGGAGCGACUGUGCCUGAUUGGCAUCCAGUAAACAUGCAUUGGUUCUGGAUGUGACCCUUAGGUCCCAUACACAGGGCAAGCGAGGCACCGCUUGGCCACCCACGUGUUCUACGACAGUUUAUUUGGUUAUGGUAGUUGGCAUGCUUUGUAUGUGACCUCUAGGUACAGGUGCAACUUCGUGCGCUUAAGCCGCAUUAAUCCGGUAGAGGCACAAAUGUUACAUUGGAUUAUGCGGUUGGAUCAAUGAUAAAUCCGAUGUAAUCCGUUUGUAUCCGCAUGCACGCGCCUUAACCUGCCUAACAGGCUUAUCCUGGAUUAAAACGGAUUAAGACGGAUUAAGUUGAUCCGUAGGCCGGAUUAACCCAUAGGGGCCGUUGGUAGGGGAUGGUGACAGCGGUGGUGAUGGCGUACAGGAAACGAUGAUAUACCCCUCCAUGCCCCUCCAAUUGCUGCCUCACUCACCGUGCCAUGACACAAAGGCCAGG